AUGUAUUUUUAUUGGGAAGAUUUGAAUGUCGACCCGUUAUCUAUUCCCUACCAGAUGUCUGAGAUUUCUUUCAACACGUCAGAGAAGUACCUAUCCAGCAAUCUCGCCUCAAGUUCUGGACUCGGAAGCAAUAUUUUUGAGGUUGCAUCCAUAUGUGGUAUAGCCAAACGACUGAAACGGCAUCCACUGUUUUUUGUGGAGAAUGGCUAUCACAAAAGGAUGCUGACCAACAUGUUAGCGCUUUUACCAGGGCUUAUGGGGGCCACAUAUAUGCUGAACGGAACAAUGCCUACAGUGAUCACUAAAACAGAAUUCCACAAGUCAAAGUACUCAUAUGAAAAUCCAGAUACUCUUUUGGGUAUUCAAGAUGAAUACCUCUUUCUAACUGGCACACAUUACCAAAGCUGGAAAUACUUUCCCGACAUGAGGGAGUCAUUGAUGGACUAUUUGGCAGUUCCAGACCCAGAAAGAUUUGGAAAUUUACCAAUGUCUAAUGACAACACUCAUGUAACUUGUGUUCAUACAAAAAGGAAACAUUUCGCAAAAAACGGAUUCUAUGCGUCUGAUCCAGAAUUCAUUCGGAACGCUUUGAUUUUCAUAAACACUAAGCAAGCAGAAAUCUACAAAAAGAAUAAGAAAAUUGUAAUUUUUGGGGAUGAACCAAUUUUUAUGUCGAGUAUUUUUAAUGAUAGUGCUCAUUCCAUGGAGAGACACACCAAGACAAAUCACUAUGUAUCGAUCAACAAUGCCAACGAUGACCUGAUAUACUCAAAGUCCAAUUGUAAUAUGGUGUUGAUAAGUGCUCCUCUCUCAACAUUUGGAUUUUGGUUGGGCUAUCUCUCUAAAGGAAACAAUGUCUAUUAUAUGGAUGUGACUCAUGAGAAUGAGGAGUUUUAUGAAUCCAGUGGUUUUGUCACGGAAAACUAUUUCCCGCCCCAUUGGGUAGCAUUGGAUUUCGCAAGCAACAAAAACAAAACGGUCGUGAAAAGCUUUAAGAAAAUGGGUGAAAAAUAUUAUUUUUAG